AAGCAGCGAGAGGGUCCAGGGCCCUGCACGUGGCAGAGCGUUUGCCAGCAGCCAGUCAUCCGCUGCAGCCUGGGGUCCGUCCUUUGCCUCCAGUGCUGGACUCGCCUGUCCUCAGAUGCUCCGUGCCUGCGCGGAGCCAGGCAGGGGGGUGAUCAGGCAGGCAGCAAACUCACUGAGCUGCCGAAGGAUGGGCGCCGUUGCUGCCCUGCGCUCUUGGGUGGCUUGGAAAAGACCCCGCGGAGAAUUCAAAUCUCUUGUUAAUGCUGCACACCAUUUCUGAAGUCCUCUGGCAGCAAGAGGAGAAGCAGACAAGCUUUUCCUCAGCAGUUUUGGUAGUGCUUCCCCGAGCAUGAAUUCAGAAUGAAGCGGCGAUUGGAUGAGCAGGAGUCACCUGUGUAUGCGUCGCAGCAGAGACGUAUUACUAGCAGCACUGAAGCUUUCCAGCACCAGCAUCGUGUGCUUGCUCCAGCACCUCCUGUUUAUGAGGCGGUUUCGGAGACCAUGCAGUCUGCCACUGGGAUUCAGUACUCUGUAACUCCCAGCUACCAGGUGUCAGCUGUGCCACAGAGCUCGGGCAGUCAUGGGCCUGCCAUAGCAACUGUCCAUAGUGGACAUCAUCAUACAACACCGGUGCAGCCUCAUGGAAGUCAGGUGGUGCAGAGUCAUGCUCACCCAACCCCUCCAGCAGCACCAGUACAGGGGCAACAGCAGUUCCAGAGACUUAAGGUGGAGGAUGCACUGUCGUAUCUUGACCAAGUAAAGCUGCAGUUUGGUAGUCAGCCCCAAGUCUACAAUGACUUCUUGGAUAUAAUGAAGGAAUUCAAAUCUCAAAGUAUCGACACUCCAGGAGUGAUCAGCCGUGUGUCUCAGCUCUUCAAAGGUCACCCUGACUUGAUCAUGGGCUUCAAUACCUUCUUGCCACCUGGCUAUAAAAUUGAGGUGCAGACAAAUGACAUGGUGAACGUGACAACACCAGGACAAGUUCACCAAAUCCCUACUCAUGGUCUCCAGCCACAGCCGCAGCCACAGUCCCAGCAUCAGUCCCAGCCCUCAGCACAGUCGACCCCAACCCCAGCACAGCCUGCACCACAGCCACCACCUGCCAAAAUCAGUAAGCCAUCACAGUUGCAGGCACAUACUCCAGCCAGCCAGCAGACUCCUCCAGUCCCACCAUAUGCAUCACCACGCUCUCCACCUGUGCAGCCUCAUACACCUGUGACAAUCUCUCUUGGAACCACCCCAUCCCUGCAGAACAAUCAGCCAGUAGAGUUUAAUCAUGCCAUCAACUAUGUCAACAAGAUUAAGAAUCGGUUCCAGGGGCAACCAGACAUCUACAAGGCUUUCCUGGAGAUCCUCCACACAUAUCAGAAAGAGCAGCGGAAUGCCAAGGAGGCAGGAGGUAACUACACACCAGCUUUGACAGAGCAGGAGGUGUACGCGCAGGUGGCACGCCUCUUUAAGAACCAGGAGGAUUUGCUCUCGGAGUUUGGGCAGUUUCUGCCAGAUGCUAACAGCUCUGUGCUGUUAAGUAAGACAACUGCAGAGAAAGUUGAGUCUGUAAGAAAUGACCAUGGUGGCACAGUCAAGAAACCCCAGCUCAACAAUAAGCCGCAAAGACCCAACCAAAAUGGCUGUCAAAUCCGACGGCACUCGGGAACUGGAGCAACCCCUCCAGUGAAGAAGAAACCAAAGCUGCUUGGCCUAAAGGAUCAGUCAUUGGCAGAAGCCAGCAAGCAUGGUGGGGGGACAGAGUCACUGUUCUUUGAGAAGGUCCGAAAGGCUCUGCGUAGUACAGAGGCAUAUGAAAAUUUCCUUCGCUGUCUGGUUAUUUUUAACCAGGAGGUCAUCUCCCGUGCUGAGCUUGUGCAGCUAGUUUCUCCAUUCUUGGGGAAAUUUCCAGAACUGUUCACUUGGUUUAAAAACUUUUUGGGUUACAAAGAGUCUGUUCAUAUGGAGACAUUUCCCAAGGAGCGCGCUACAGAGGGAAUUGCCAUGGAAAUAGACUAUGCCUCCUGUAAACGACUGGGUUCCAGCUACCGAGCCUUGCCUAAGAGUUACCAGCAGCCCAAAUGUACAGGGCGGACUCCACUGUGUAAAGAGGUUUUGAAUGAUACUUGGGUCUCCUUCCCUUCAUGGUCUGAAGAUUCCACCUUUGUUAGCUCCAAGAAAACACAAUAUGAAGAACACAUCUACAGAUGUGAAGAUGAGCGUUUUGAGCUGGAUGUUGUCUUGGAGACCAACUUGGCAACAAUCAGAGUCCUAGAGGCGAUCCAGAAGAAACUCUCUCGCUUGUCUGCUGAGGAGCAAGCUAAAUUCCGAUUGGACAACACUCUAGGUGGCACAUCAGAGGUGAUCCACCGCAAGGCCUUGCAGAGGAUAUAUGCUGACAAGGCGGCUGACAUCAUAGAUGGGCUGAGAAAGAAUCCAUCUGUUGCAGUUCCCAUUGUGCUGAAAAGGUUAAAGAUGAAAGAAGAAGAGUGGCGAGAAGCCCAGAGAGGAUUCAACAAAGUCUGGCGGGAGCAGAAUGAGAAAUAUUACCUGAAAUCAUUGGAUCACCAGGGCAUCAACUUCAAACAGAAUGACACCAAGGUCCUGAGGUCAAAGAGUCUCCUCAAUGAGAUUGAGAGUAUUUAUGAUGAGAGGCAAGAACAAGCUUCAGAAGACAAUGCUGGAGUACCCACAGGCCCGCACCUGUCGCUGGCCUAUGAAGACAAGCAAAUCUUGGAGGAUGCUGCCUCCCUCAUCAUCCACCAUGUAAAACGGCAGACAGGAAUCCAGAAAGAGGACAAGUACAAAAUCAAGCAGAUCAUGUAUCAUUUCAUUCCAGACCUGCUGUUUGCUCAGCGAGGUGAGCUCUCAGAUGUGGAGGAGGAGGAGGAGGAGGAAAUGGAUGUGGAUGAAGCCACAGGGGCUGCAAAAAAGCACAAUGGUGUUGGCGGCAGUCCUCCAAAAACCAAACUGAUGUUCAACAACACGACGGCUCAGAAGCUGCGCGGCAUGGAUGAGGUGUACAACCUCUUCUACGUCAACAACAACUGGUACAUAUUCAUGCGACUGCAUCAGAUCCUGUGCUUACGACUGCUGAGGAUUUGCACCCAAGCUGAGCGGCAAAUUGAAGAAGAGAACCGGGAAAGGGAGUGGGAGCGGGAAGUGCUAGGCAUAAAACGAGACAAAAGUGACAGCCCUGCCAUCCAGCUGCGACUAAAGGAGCCCAUGGAUAUUGAUGUCGAGGAUUACUACCCAGCUUUCCUGGACAUGGUGCGGAAUCUGCUAGAUGGCAACAUGGACUCAUCUCAGUAUGAGGACUCGCUGCGCGAGAUGUUCACUAUUCAUGCCUACAUCGCCUUUACCAUGGACAAGCUGAUCCAAAGCAUUGUUAGACAGCUCCAGCACAUAGUUAGUGAUGAGAUCUGUGUGCAGGUGACAGAUCUUUACCUGUCAGAGAAUAACAAUGGAGCUACUGGAGGUCUGCUGACCACACAAUCAUCUCGCACCCUUUUGGAGGCUACGUACCAACGCAAAGCAGAGCAGCUUAUGUCUGAUGAGAACUGUUUCAAACUCAUGUUCAUUCAGAGUAGAGGUCAAGUCCAGUUAACCAUUGAGCUUCUGGACACAGAAGAAGAGAACUCGGAUGACCCUGUGGAGGCGGAGGUAAGAGAGGCAGAGCGCUGGUCAGAUUAUGUAGAGCGGUACGUCAACUCUGAUUCUACCUCCCCUGAGCUUCGGGAACACCUGGCACAGAAGCCAGUCUUCCUGCCGAGGAAUCUGAGGCGGAUCCGUAAGUGUCAGCGUGGUCGGGAGCAGCAGGAGAAGGAAGGGAAGGAGGGAAACAGUAAGAAGUCCAUGGAGAAUGUGGAAAGCUUGGACAAGCUGGAGUGUAAAUUCAAACUGAACUCCUAUAAGAUGGUGUACGUGAUCAAAUCGGAGGAUUACAUGUACAGGAGGACCGCUCUGCUGCGUGCUCAGCAGUCCCAUGAAAGAGUGAGCAAGCGGCUGCACCAGAGAUUCCAGGCCUGGGUGGACAAAUGGACCAAGGAGCAUGUGACCCGUGAAAUGGCAGCUGAAACAAACAAGUGGCUAAUGGGAGAAGGGUUGGAAGGCUUGGUGCCAUGUACCACCACCUGUGAUACAGAGACCCUGCACUUUGUGAGCAUUAACAAGUACCGUGUCAAAUAUGGCACAAUAUUCAAGACACCAUAAGCUCCCUGGGCUAGGGAAGAUCACAGAGUGUGAGUGUGUGUGUGCGCGCGCAUCAAGGAAACGAGGAAGAUGCCUUUCUCCCUUCACUGUGUAUCUCCGUAACAUGGCCACUUGACUAGUGUGCAGCUGGUACAACCUGUCACCAGCGGGAUUCUCUUUAGGAAUGUGGAUCCCUACAAACAUGUGCUGGAACUGUUACCCACAGGCCUUUGACUUCAGCAUGCACUGUGGAGGGAAGGACCCUUCUUGGAACUGAGCAAUCCUAGAGAAACACAACUAGCUUGUACACACCAGCAGUGUUGAGACUUGAUUUCCCCAAUGGCUUGAACGUCAAGGGAAGAGAACAGGAUGCCUUCCACAUCCUGAUCGGAUCAGUGCAUUUAAGUUACAUGCUCAGAAGUGUCAUGAAACCCAGAGGUGCCUGUCGCAACUGGAUUUUCCUGUUACGCUGCAGCAGGUUUGCUAGGAUCUCACACAGGGUCAUCACCCCUGCAAUCCAGCUGCCAGAAGCCACCUCAUGGAGCUGCCACUUGCCGCCUCCUUCACCUUCCCUCUACUCCUUCCCAUGCUGGACUCCUCACUUAACCAGUUCAGAUUGGUCUGUCCUUUCUAGUGCCAGUGGAACUGUUUUUGUACCUGCUUGUUUACUAGUCUCUCCUAGUGCCAUGCACCAGCUGUUCACACACAUGUAUACACACACACGAGAGAAACAACACAAUUUUAACAUGUUCCCCUUCCUUUUUUGUAAAUAAAUGUACAUAUUGUCAAUUUUUUUGUUUUUUAUUAAAGAAAGUAUGCUUGAUGUGCUAGCAUAACUGUACUAGCUUCUUGUGUACCAUAGUACCAGGUGGCUUGAGACUUAGUACCUACAGACAGACCUAUGAAGACAUUUAUUACACUUUUUACCAAAGGGAGUUAUCAUUGUAGUGCUUUUGUGUGAAAACUUUUUUCUUUUCUUUUUUUGUAAAUAAAAAUACAUCUUGUUCUUACUUGAGGAAGACAACUCGCUCACCCACAGCCCUGUUCCUGUUCUGAAAGGCACCAUGCAGCAUGCAGUUUGUGCGGGUGGGAGGGCGUGAGAGAGGGAGAUAUUUGACCACUUUUAUUAUUGGCUUUACAAUCUGAAGGGAAAAAGCAGAAGCAGUGUGUGUGGCUUGUGGAUGAUGUGACCAGGUGAUAAGCAGCCUGUUAAGAUACAUAAAUAUAUAUUAUAUAACUUUUAAUUUUUUUAAUUUUUUUCUGGUGGGUUAUUUUUAUCCACCUUGUCUUCCAGCUCCAAGGAUCUUCACUUUUGGGAAGUGUUACUGAGCUACUUAGCUGGGAUUGAUUGUGCUUAUGUAUUUUUUCCCUCUCAGUAUUAGAGAAAAACAUCCUAAGUACCAAACCAGUAUUUGAUAAAGCUGCUUUGUGUGCGUGUGUAUAUGAGAGAAGGGCAUAUGGGUGGGCUUUUUGGUGCAUUUCACUAGUGAAAUCCUCAAAUGGGAUAUAUAUUUUUUUAAGUAUAGAAGUUUAGUGCUGGCAGAUAUUUAAACAGUGGACGAAUCUGAUUUUAAAAGAAGUCAGCAUGGACUUCGUAAGCCACGACAGACACAGCUGCACUGUCUCACCUCCUCAGAGAAAGUGUCCUUUCCUUGCACAAAGUGAUGCUGCCAGGAGUUGUAGCGCCCAGACUGCUUCCACCCUCCCAGCUGCAGAGCCACAAAAGCAGCUUUGCCACUUUUCAGAAGUCUACUUAUUGAAUCUGCCACGGGGAUUUUGAGACAGAUGCUUGUCUCCUCUGGGAACUGAGUUCUUUCCUCAGGCAGAGAGAGAUGGAGAGGAGCAGGGUGCAAAAGGUUUGGAGAAGGGGAAUCGCUCCAAAUCUUGAAGCCUGUGGGGGAGCCGAGGGGCAAAAGUGCAUGGCCUAGAGGGGUCACUAGUCAUUGGCAGCCAAUGUACGGAGAGUGGUUCCAGCCACGGUGAUGAAUGGAAGCCUCCUAUGGAGAGAGGAAAAGAGAGUAAAGAGCCCACCAGGGAGUAUUCAGAGUUUGCCAGCAAUAAGUUACCUGUCCAGUUUCUCCUCCUUUCACUGUAUUCAGAUAGGAAGGGGGGUUCUCUUGUGUCCUCUUCCAUUUCAAAGGUUUGACACAUGCUCCUCACCCUACCUCCCCUACCCUUGGGUGUUUCUUUUCUAUGUAUGCUAAAGCUGAUCUGGAAGUGGAAGUCUGGAUGACUUUUGCCAGCUUGGAAGUAACAGCUGCUGCUGCUUUGUGGGUGUGUUGUCCCAAGAGUCUGUGCCUGCAUGUCAUUUGAGCGGAAUGGGGUUAACAUGGCGGGAUUCCUGCUGUUAAAGGUGCCCAGGUAAAAAAAACAAAAAACAACCAACCAACAACGGGGAGUCCUCCUCCUCCUGCAGCAGGGUUUUCACAAAUGGCUUUCAUCCCUCCCGAUGUCUGACAUCCGAGCUCCAAGCUCCAAUCCCAGCCUGUACAAUAGCAAAGAUUUCUUUUUAUUUUAAAUUGCUUUUUGUAUUCUGUAAUGUGAUCCUUGGCCACCUAUCCAUGUGAUGAUUUCUAUACAAAUGUUGUAAACUUGACUGUAGUGCAGUAUUUCCAUUAAAAUAUCAGGGCUAA